UGGGCACGGUAAAGGGAAUACAUGAAAUAGUCAUCCUUUUUGCCAUGCCUCCUCCCAGAAGAAGGAGAUGCUACUAGCCCUGGGAAGGUGGCCAGCUGGUUUUUGUGGUCCCCAGCCUGCCUUUUAAAGCAAAACCAUCCCUUUAUCUUUUUGUCGUGGGUUCUCACAGUCUUUCCUCCUUUUACGUACCCAGCAUCCUCUGCUUCUUCCCUCCUGCUUGUCAGUUUACCAAACUUUCUUUCAGGGAGGCCCAGAUCACUGAUGGAACACACCAAGAGAGAAGGGUUGUCACUGAGCCCGCUUCCCCAGAUCAGCCUAGGGAUAGGCGUCAGCAAUCCCAGAGACCACUGGGGUCUGCUGGGGAGGCUCCCGGAGAGAACAUCUGCCUAGGUCUGUGUCACGCUUGAGCCUGGGAAGCAAAAAAUAUGUGAGCAGACCAGAGCUCCAUCCGCUAGUCAGGGCAGCUUGACAGCAGUGUGAGGGUGGACUUGGGUGGGGAUAGAAGCUGGGUGCUGCUGAGACUAGAGAGUACUGUGAAAGGAAGUGAUGGAUCUGUAGUGGAGGUGCAGUUGGGUUUCUUGGGCCUCUGUCCUUGUCCUGGGUCAUAGAGAACAGGCAGAACUCAGCAGAUACCUAAAACAUCACGUAGUCAGAGUGACACUUCACAGGGAAAGACACAACCUAAGUCUUCAGUGCUGAAAUGAACGAGGAUAAGAGAGGAAUACGAAAGAUGGACUAGACCCAGAGAGACUGUCUGCAAGGCUUGUGGACAGGGAAGGUGCCCUGGGUGGAGCCAGCUGGAACUGCCAGUGAGAACCAUGUUGCUGUCUUGAAACAUAUGGGAAAGGCUAGAGGCCAGACUAGAAAGUCUUGCCUGAAAGCCAGUCAGUGGAUGCUGAGUUGACAGCGGCAGCUGAUGUCACCGUAAUCGUGAGCAAGAGGUCAGGAUCGGGCCGCAGCGAGACAUCGAGGGGAAAGACUACAAAGACAGUUGUGCAGAAUUCUGCUCACGACAUCAAUGCCACUCAAGCUGGAAACUGAGUUCAGGAGGGGAAUGGGAUUUGCUGAAGGUUUGGGAUGUGUCACACGUGGGUGGCAGCUGAGGUCACUUCUGAGUCCCCAUUUAAUACAGGAUGUGCUGCCUCCACCUGUCUCCCCGCACUUCACUGUCUGCCCGUUCCUCUUCCUCACACUCAAACCAGCUCUAAACCAAACCCACUGAGUUACCUGCAGCAUGGAUCCUUGUAUACAUGCAUGUAUGCACGUGCGUGGCACACACACGCACACGCACACUCAUACUCUCUCUCUCUCUCUCUCUCUUUCACACACACACACUUUUGUCUGUAAGACUUCUCUGGUAGCUCUGGGCCUGAGAAAGGGCUCACAAUGCCCAGUGCAAACAAAUAAGUUGCAGCUCCCUCAGUAUUAAAAUUCAACUUUGAUCUUCCCUGGCAUUUCUCCCAAACCCUUUCCAUAGCCUCUGGCUGCAUCUCUCAUCUCUUGUCUCCUGUCCUCCAUUUUUCUGUCUCAGCCUAAUUUGAGUUCAUUCUUGUGCCCUUUCCUGUAUCCUAGAACACAGAAUCCCACAUGGCUUAGCAGGAUUCACCCCUCACUCAAUAUAACACAAUUCCUAUUUCAAGAAGAUCUUUACUAUUGGAUUCCUAGGCAGCCAAGAUGUGUGAUUCACUUAGUUCCCACACAGUUCCCUCAUCCAAUCUCUACCCCAGUGAGGUCCCCACAAAAUGAUCCCAGGAGGCUACGAGUUAUAUGGCAAAAGGAUGGGGUUUCAUGUAUGCUAUGAAUGCUGUCUUUCCUGCUGAGAAUCCACGCUACAGUGUGUGAGAGAGUCCCUGGCAUUUUAGUCUGGAGGCUCUGCCUAGUUGGUGGCUAAGAUGCCAGGUACGGCCUUCAGAGGCUCUCUCUGGGGAAGUCCCUGCCUAGUGAUGAUGGGAGCAGGGAGCUUUAUCUGGUGCCAGAGCUAUGGUGGGGCCCUCAUGUCGCUGGGAAACGCCAGGAGCCUGCACUUCUGUUUCCUUUGGGAUUUCUAAUCCAUCCUUGGUCAGUUUUCUAUAGUAUUUGCAUCCUGACUUUCUGCAAGUGGGCAUUUCAGAUCCGGUCCCAGAGUGGGUAGGGCUGAGGGCUAGUUUGGGAUGGUCCCCGUCUUUCCCUGAGAACGGACAGGUGCCAAUGGAGUUUGUCUGCAGCCCUUUCUUCUCUGAAGAUGGAGUUUUCCUGUAUGUCAGAAACAGGAGUGAAUCCGCUUUCGAGAAAGCCAACGUAGACGUAUUCCGGGUGCGGACCAAUAACGUGGGCCUCAUCUAUAAAAUCAGGAUCGAGCACGACAACACAGGCUUGAACGCCAGCUGGUACCUGGACCGGGUGAUAGUGACCGACAUGAAGAGGCCCCAUCUCCGCUACUACUUCAACUGCAACAACUGGCUGAGCAAGGUGGAAGGUGACCGCCAGUGGUGCCGUGACCUCCUGGCCAGCUUCGACCCCAUGGACAUGCCUAGAGGAAACAAGUAUGAAAUCAAGGUAUACACUGGCGACGUGAUGGGGGCAGGGACAGAUGCCGAUGUCUUCAUCAAUAUCUUUGGAGAGUAUGGAGACACAGGAGAGCGUAGGCUGGAAAAUGAAAAGGACAACUUUGAAAAGGGAGCUGAAGACAAGUUCAUGCUGGACGCCCCGGAUUUGGGGCAGCUGAUGAAGAUCAAUGUGGGCCACAACAACAAGGGGGGAUCUGCAGGCUGGUUCCUGUCCAAGAUUAUCAUUGAAGAUUUUGGGAACAAAAGGAAAUACGAUUUCCCCCUUAACCGCUGGCUGGCACUGGAUGAAGACGAUGGCAAAAUCCAAAGAGACAUCUUAGUGGGCGGAGCUGAGACCACAGCCAUAACCUAUAUUGUCACUGUCUUCACUGGGGAUAUCCGUGGAGCUGGAACCAAAUCGAAAAUCUACUUGGUCAUGUAUGGAGCCAGAGGGAAUAAGAACAGCGGGAAGAUCUUCCUGGAGGGAGGUGUGUUUGACAGGGGCCGCACGGACAUCUUCCACAUUGACCUGGCUGUCCUCCUGAGCCCCCUGAGCCGGGUCUCCAUCGGGCAUGGCAAUGUGGGUGUCAACCGAGGCUGGUACUGCGAGAAGGUGGUGGUCCUGUGCCCCUUCACUGGCAUCCAGCAGACAUUCCCCUGCAGCAACUGGCUGGACGAGAAGAAGGCCGACGGGCUGAUCGAGAGGCAGCUCUAUGAGAUGGUGUCUCUGAGGAAGAAGCGGCUGAAAAAAUUUCCUUGGUCCCUUUGGGUCUGGACAACUGAUCUGAAGAAAGCAGGCACCAACUCUCCCAUCUUCAUCCAGAUUUAUGGGCAGAAGGGGCGGACAGAUGAGAUCCUCCUGAAUCCCAACAACAAGUGGUUCAAACCGGGCAUCAUCGAGAAGUUUAGGAUGGAGCUCCCAGAUCUUGGCAGGUUUUAUAAAAUUCGGGUGUGGCAUGAUAGGCAGAACCCUGGCUCUGGAUGGCAUUUAGAAAAGAUGACCCUGAUGAAUACCCUGAAUAAGGAUAAGUAUAACUUCAACUGCAAUCGCUGGCUGGACGCCAAUGAGGAUGACAACGAGAUCGUGAGGGAAAUGACCGCAGAAGGCCCGACCGUGCGCAGGAUAAUGGGGAUGGCCCGCUACCGUGUGACCGUAUGCACGGGAGAACUCGAAGGUGCAGGAACUGAUGCCAACGUCUACCUCUGUCUUUUUGGUGAUGUGGGGGACACAGGGGAGCGACUGCUUUACAACUGCAGGAAUAACACCGACCUGUUUGAGAAAGGCAAUGCCGACGAGUUUACCAUCGAGUCUGUCACCAUGAGGAAGGUGAGGCGAGUGAGAAUCAGACACGACGGCAAAGGCUCUGGCAGCGGCUGGUACCUGGACAGGGUGCUGGUGAGAGAGGAGGGACAGCCGGAGAGCGACAAUGUCGAGUUCCCAUGCCUCAGGUGGCUGGAUAAGGAUAAGGAUGAUGGACAGCUGGUCCGAGAGUUGCUACCCAGUGACAGCAAUGCCACGCUCAAGAACUUUCGCUAUCACAUCAGUGUGAAGACCGGGAAUGUCUCCGGGGCCAGCACAGAUUCUAAGGUGUACAUCAAGCUCUAUGGAGAGAAAUCUGACACCAUCAAGCAAGUUCUGCUUGUCUCCGACAACAACCUCAAAGACUACUUUGAACGUGGCCGAGUAGAUGAGUUCACAUUGGAGACACUGAACAUUGGGACUAUCAACAGGCUGGUGAUCGGGCACGACAGCACAGGCAUGCAUGCAGGCUGGUUCCUGGGCAGCGUCCAGAUCCGUGUGCCCCGCCAAGGCAAGCAGUACACCUUCCCUGCCAACCGCUGGCUGGAUAAGAACCAGGCGGAUGGGCGUCUGGAGGUGGAGCUUUACCCCAGCGAGGUCGUGGAGAUUCAGAAACUGGUCCACUAUGAGAUUGAGGUCUGGACGGGGGAUGUGGGCGGCGCAGGCACCACUUCCCGAGUCUAUGUGCAGAUCUACGGCGAAGAAGGCAAGACUGAAGUACUCUUCCUCUCCAGCCGCUCCAAAGUUUUUGAUCGAGCAUCCAAGGACAUAUUCCAGCUGGAAGCGGCAGAUGUGGGUGAAAUCUACAAGAUCCGCCUGGGACACACGGGCGAGGGCUUUGGGCCCAGCUGGUUCGUGGACAUGGUGUGGCUGAGGCACUUGGUGGUGCAGGAGGCAAACCUGACACCCGAGGAGGAGGCCCGGAAGAAGAAGGAGAAGGACAAACUGCGGCAGUUGCUGAAGAAGGAAAGGCUGAAGGCCAAGCUGCAGAGGAAGAAGAAGAAGAGAAAGAAAGGAAGUGAUGAGGAGGAUGAGGGCGAUGAGGAAGAAGAGUCCUCGUCGGAGGAGUCCUCGUCGGAAGAGGAGGAAGAGGAGGAGACAGAGGAGGAGGAAGAAGAGGAGGAGUUUGGGCCAGGGAUGCAGGAGGUGAUUGAACAGUACAAGUUUGAAGUUAACCGCUGGCUGGCCCGGGGCAAGGAGGACAAUGAACUUGUCGUGGAAUUGGUCCCAGCCGGUCGACCUGGUCCUGAGCCCAACACCUACGAGGUCCAGGUGAUCACAGGGAACGUGCCCAAGGCUGGCACUGAUGCCAACGUCUACCUGACCAUCUACGGAGAAGAAUACGGGGACACAGGGGAGCGGCCUCUGAAGAAAUCAGACAAGUCCAACAAAUUCGAGCAGGGCCAGACAGAUACCUUUACCAUCUACGCCAUUGACCUGGGGUCUCUGACCAAGAUUCGGAUUCGCCAUGACAACACAGGCAACAGACCAGGCUGGUUCCUGGACAGGGUAGACAUCACCGACAUGAAUAAUGAGAUCACGUACUACUUCCCGUGCCAAAGGUGGCUAGCAGUGGAGGAGGAUGAUGGGCAGCUGUCCCGGGAGCUGUUGCCAGUGGAUGAGUCCUAUGUGCUACCCAGCGAAGAUGAGGAGGGUGGAGGACAUGGUGACAAUAACCCCCUUGACAACCUGGCUUUGGAACAAAAAGAUAAAUCCACCACAUUCUCAGUGACCAUCAAGACCGGGGACAAGAAGAAUGCCGGCACAGAUGCCAACGUCUUCAUCACACUCUUCGGCACGCAAGACGACAAUGGAAUCACCCUCCUGAAGUCCUCCAAGACCAACAGUGACAAAUUUGAAAGGGACAGCAUUGAAAUCUUCACUGUGGAGACGCUGGAUCUAGGAGACCUGUGGAAAGUUAGGAUCGGCCAUGACAACACAGGCAAGGCCCCAGGCUGGUUUGUAGACUGGGUAGAAGUGGAUGCUCCAUCUCUUGGAAAGUGCAUGACCUUUCCCUGUGGCCGCUGGCUGGCCAAGAAUGAGGACGACGGGGCCAUCGUCAGGGACCUCUUCCACGCUGAGCUUCAGACACGACUCUACACACCAUUUGUCCCUUAUGAGAUCACCCUCUACACCAGUGAUGUCUUUGCUGCCGGAACCGAUGCCAACAUCUUUAUAGUCAUCUACGGCUGUGACGCCGUGUGCACCCGGCAGAAGUUUCUGUGCACUAACAAGAGGGAGCAGAAGCUGUUCUUCGAGAGGAAGUCUGCCUCCCGCUUCAUCGUGGAGUUAGAAGAUGUGGGUGAAAUCAUUGAAAAAAUCCGGAUUGGCCAUGAUAACACAGGCAUAAACCCUGGGUGGCACUGUUCCCAUGUGGACAUCCGCAGGCUCCUCCCCGAUAAAGACGGUACAGAGACCUUGACUUUCCCAUGUGAUCGAUGGCUUGCCACCUCUGAGGAUGACAAGAAGACCAUUCGAGAACUGGUCCCUUACGACAUCUUCACUGAGAAGUACAUGAAAGACGGAUCCUUAAGACAGGUCUACAAGGAAGUGGAGGAGCCUCUAGACAUUGUGUUGUACUCGGUCCAGAUCUUCACAGGGAACAUUCCUGGGGCAGGGACCGAUGCCAGGGUCUACAUCACCAUCUACGGAGAUCUCGGGGACACCGGAGAACGGUACCUUGGCAAAUCAGAAAACCGCAUGAACAAGUUCGAGAGAGGAACGGCCGACACCUUCAUCAUCGAGGCUGCUGAUCUGGGUGUCAUCUACAAGAUCAAGCUCCGCCACGACAACACCAAGUGGUGUGCCGACUGGUACGUGGAGAAGGUGGAGAUCUGGAACGACACCAACGAGGAUGAGUUUCUGUUCCUGUGUGGACGCUGGCUCUCCCUGAAGAAGGAGGAUGGGCGGCUGGAGAGGCUCUUUUAUGAGAAGGAGUACACUGGCGACCGCAGCAGCAACUGCAGCAGCCCUGCUGAUUUCUGGGAGAUCGCCCUGAGUUCCAAGAUGGCAGAUGUGGACAUUGCCACGGUGACGGGACCCAUGGCUGACUAUGUUCAGGAUGGCCCUGUGAUUCCCUACUAUGUGUCGGUGACCACUGGGAAGCAUAAGGAUGCAGCCACUGAUAGCCGAGCGUUCAUCUUGCUCAUUGGGGAAGAUGAUGAACGCAGCAACCGCAUCUGGCUGGAUUAUCCCCAGGGGAAGCGAGGCUUCAGCUGUGGCUCUGUGGAGGAGUUCUAUGUCGGUGGCUUGGAUGUGGGCAUCAUCAAGAAAAUAGAGCUGGGCCAUGACGGAGCCUCCCCUGAGAGCUGCUGGCUGGUAGAAGAGCUGUGCUUGGCGGUGCCCACCCAGGGUACCAAAUACAUAUUACGCUGCAACUGUUGGCUUGCCAAGGACCGAGGCGAUGGUGUCACCUCCCGUGUCUUUGACCUCCUGGAUGCCAUGGUGGUGAACAUUGGGGUGAAGGUGCUUUAUGAAAUGACUGUCUGGACCGGUGAUGUGGUGGGCGGAGGCACUGACUCCAAUAUCUUUAUGACCCUCUAUGGCAUCAACGGGAGCACAGAAGAGGUGAAGCUGGACAAAAAGAAGGCCAGGUUUGAGCGGGAACAAAAUGACACCUUCAUCAUGGAGAUUCUGGACAUUGCUCCCUUUACCAAGAUGCGCAUCCGCAUCGAUGGGAUGGGGAGCCGGCCAGAGUGGUUCCUGGAGAGGAUCCUGCUGAAGAACAUGAACACGGGAGACCUGACCAUGUUCUACUAUGGAGACUGGCUGUCCCUAAGGAAGGGCAAGAAGACACUGGUUUGUGAAAUGUGCGCGGUCAUUGACGGGGAGGAGAUGAUGGAGUGGACCUCUUACACCGUCUCUGUGAAGACCAGUGACAUCUUGGGGGCAGGCACCGACGCCAAUGUGUUCAUCAUCAUCUUCGGGGAAAAUGGGGACAGCGGGACCCUGGCUCUGAAGCAGUCAGCAAACUGGAACAAGUUUGAACGGAACAACACGGACACGUUCACCUUCACUGACAUGCUGAGCCUGGGCCACCUCUGCAAACUGAGGGUCUGGCAUGACAACAAAGGAAUAUUUCCUGGCUGGCACCUGAGCUAUGUUGAUGUGAAGGACAACUCCCGUGAUGAGACUUUCCGCUUCCAGUGUGACUGCUGGCUGUCCAAGAGUGAGGGCGACAGACAAACUGUCCGCGACUUUGCCUGCGCCAACAAUGAGAUCCGUGAGGAGCUGGAAGAGACCACCUACGAGAUUGUCAUAGAAACUGGCAACGGGGGCGAAACCAGAGAGAAUGUCUGGCUCAUCUUGGAGGGCAGGAAGAACAGAUCCAAGGAGUUCCUGGUGGAAAAUUCUUCCAGGCAGCGGGCCUUUCGGAAGGGGAGCACGGACACAUUUGAGUUUGACAGCAUCUUCUUGGGAGACAUCGCCUCCCUCUGCGUGGGCCACCUGGCCAGGGAGGACCGAUUCAUCCCCAAGAGAGAACUUGCCUGGCACGUCAAGACCAUCACCAUCACUGAGAUGGAAUAUGGAAAUGUGUACUUCUUUAACUGUGACUGCCUCAUCCCCCUCAAGAGGAAGAGGAAGUACUUCAAGGUGUUUGAGGUUACUAAGACCACAGAGAGCUUCGCCAGUAAGAUCCAGAGCCUGGUACCAGUCAAGUACGAGAUCAUCGUGACGACGGGCUACGAACCAGGGGCGGGCACAGACGCCAACGUCUUUGUGACCAUCUUUGGAGCGAAUGGGGACACGGGCAAGCGGGAACUGAAACAGAAAAUGCGCAACCUCUUCGAGCGGGGCAGCACUGACCGCUUCUUCCUGGAGACGCUAGAGCUGGGAGAACUGCGCCAGGUCCGGCUGGAGCAUGACGCCAGCGGCUACUGCUCAGGCUGGCUGGUGGAGAAGGUGGAGGUCACCAACACUAGCACCGGAGUGGCCACCAUCUUCUCCUGCGGCAGGUGGCUAGACAAGUCUCGCGGGGAUGGCCUCACCUGGCGAGAUCUCUUCCCGUCUGUCUGAGAUGCUCUGACCCCACCUUUUAACCUCCACCCUGAGUUCUUCGGCCAUCUCCCAGGACCUCCAGAGGCAGGGUUAUGGCCGCAGACCUGAGAUCUGGCACUCAUCAGAGGCUGCUCCUUGCAAAUGACUGUGGGAUUCUCCACCUUUCCAUCUCUCAGAGACACAGGAAUUAUAUUCGUCACAUGACAUAAUCCAUGACUAUACAAACUUUUUUUUCUUUCCUUUUAAUAGCAAUGGUGCCCAGGCUUGGGCUUGCUGUAGGGUGUGGAUGGAAAAUCGGGGCUUCACUCAGGGGAGACAAGUGGAGAAGAAGAGGUUAUCAAGACGUGUAUUUUAAGCAAAAACUAAUUAACACUUUUUUCCCAAAAAAGCUGGGCUAAUUAAAUUAUUACCAACCACGC